UUUAAGUAGAAUUUACAUAAUUAUUUUUAGUAAGAUGUGAGUUACCUGCAAGACAAAGUUUUGACAAGAGAUCAGUACAGAGUAUUGUCAGGAUCAUGAAAUGCCUGUGUGAGGAAAGUGUAAGGCAGACCAGCAUUAUCAGUGUAAAGUUGAACAGAUAAGGAGUUCUCAGCAAUUGGAGUAUCAAGUCCAGAGUUUGGAGAGAUUGAUUGGAGUUACUCAGGGACACUUUGAGCAGUUCUAUAUUGAAGGAAGAUGGCCUAACUUUAAAGAAGCUAUUACCGAAGUUGAAACCAGGUUUUUUGAGCUAGAACAGAAAGUCAAGAAAGCAAUUGAUGAGAAGAACUUUUUAGACUUUGAGGAUUGUGAAACUGAGCUAGCCAAAUUAAGAGCUGAUAUUAAUCAAAAUUCAGUGAUAAUUGAAGUGAUGAGUGAUUCUUAUCAACAGCUAAUCGUAAAGCAGAUAUUAAAAGAUCCCUCAAAUUUUAGUCUGUCAGAGAGGAACUUUAUUGGAGGAGAUACAAAAGAUGAGAAUAUCGCCCAAGGCUUAACUAAUGAGAAGAAGCAUCAAGAAUCUAAUCAAAUGCAAGCAGUUUCAUCAAACUCAAAAUGAAAUAUCUUCACAAUUAAAUCCCCUUUUGAAUGCUACAAAUCUAAACACACAAACUCAGAGAGAAGAAAUGAGCACUCCCAAAAUCCCUCCACCACUACUAACCCUUUCUCAACAACUUCUCCCAAGACAAACAAACUUCCCAACCCCUUUUACAAGUCCAGAUAUCCCCCACCUAAUAGUGAACAGAAGGAUGAGGAAGAGGAUAAGAGCGGUGUAGGUGAGGUUGAAGAGAAGUUGGCAGGGAAGAAUGAAGGAAUUGUUGGAGGGAGUAAGGAGAAGGAAAUUUGAAGUGAGGUUGGGAGGAAUGUUGAGGGGAUGAUUUUAGAGAAUACUUUAGUGAGGAGUGAUGUUAGUGAAAAAGUGGGAGAUGGAGGUUCUACUGAAAAGAGAAGAGAAGAUGAGGUUCAGGAGAGUGAUGGGGAGAGAAAAGAGAAGCCUAAUUGUUCUUUAAGUAUGAAUAUAACUAAGAGUGAUAAGAUUGAAUUUAUGAAAGAGCACAUUGAAAGAAAGUAUAAAUUUUUGGAGAUAAGUAGUUUUAAUUUGAAUAUUGACUGUAACCAGAAAGAACUUCUUAAAGAUUUUAUCAGUAAUUGUAUGAAUAAAGGAUCUUAUGACAGUUUUUCACUCAAUAAAGUCUGCAGUCUUUCAUAUUUGAAUUUCUCAGAUUUUCAGUCUUGCUUUGAAGAAUUAAUGAAAAAUCCCCCAAGAACUCUAGAUCUGAACUAUUUCAUUCUGACAGAAAAAGAUUUCAAAUAUUUAGCAAAUGCCAUCAAGACUCAAAGCAUUGAAGUCAAACUAUCAUGCUGCAAAUACUCCUCCCCCUUCACCUCCAACCCAGUAAUAAUCCCCUCUUCCUUCAAAGAAAAGUACCACAUCAGCUUCAUUUACAACACUUUCUUCUAAACUACCAAAACAAUCAAAUCUACACUCAUAACUCAAUUUCAAUC